AUGGCCCGGACGACGACGGCGGCCAGCUUGAUCGAAAUUUUACACGCAGCAAAUUCCGCCGCUUCAGCCUACCCACCACUACAGGCUGCUCUGGGGCUGGUGAAAUACAUCGAGACGAGUAUUGAUCAGUUCAAGUCGAAUCGGAACGAAAUCAAGUCCAUCGGGGAAUAUGCUCAAAGGCUUUCGUUGCAACUCGAACGCUCGGUCGACCUAACAAAGACAAAAGACUACGUCCAAGUAAUCGAGGGUAUCCAUGCAUAUCUCAAGGGAGUGGCGAAACAGAAGAAGCUCCUUCAAUAUCUGCAUCGCAAUGACAUCGCCGAACGACUACAGGAAUAUCGGACUCAGUUGCGGGAAGAAUUUGUCGUGUUCAGCAUAACUUGCGACCUUGACAUUCAAGAGUCUCAGCGUGAAGCCGAGGCUGCCCGUCAGCGAGAUGAGUCGGAGGCCCGCGUCCUUUUGGAAACUAUCUCGCACAAUAUCGCCACCAGUCCAACAGGCAUUCGCGAGCUGAACACUGAAAUUGGCGAUUUAAAAGAUCGCAGCAUGGGGAAUUUAAUGUUACAGGAGCUAGAGUCGCUUCGAACGUCGCCCACACCGGAAGACUCCUCAAUUGAGUCCGAGUCAACCAUAGUCGGAGAAAGCAUCACAUUAACCAAGCUUAUUCUCUCCACCAACUAUCGGUGGUUUCCUGAGACCUUUAACGCUCGUCAUUAUGCCCGCUCUCAGAUCCAAGAAGCACUCAUCGACACCAUUCGAGAUGUUGCUGGCGACUUGCGUGACAGCGGGCUGUUGGCCCAUCGGACGAAAGCGGAGCUGGCAAGUGCGCGAACGGGGCUUGAGCAGGUUGACAUCGUGUUUCGGGUUCUUGAUUCACGACCCAGGGAUGCAGUACUGCUUCGUACUUUCCAAAAAGCGUUGUUCAGGGCCGGUGGAAUGACAGAGUCGGAUAUGCUGAAUCCAAAGCUAGCCAAAGCAGAGGGUUUCGUGUAA